UAUUCACACACAUAAAUAGAUAUGAAAUAUUAUUGUUAGACCUAUUUAAAUAAUAGUUGGUCGAGCAACCUUGAGAAUAAUGAGUCUGAUCGAAAUCCAUCCAAUGACCAAGACAUAUAGCUAGCUCAUCAUAACAAGGCUCGCACAUUAAAUUGUUGACAUGUUUGUUAAACCAACAUAUCAAAUAAUAACCAGAGUCAACAACUGACCAGCUUGUAUGGCGUGUCAACAAUUGAAGCUAAAUUUACAUCGGAAUCAAACGAUUGCCCCCGAACAGCGUCUAUAUAUAAUAAUGUUCAUAAUAAUGUUUUUUUUAUAAAAAAAUAUUUACAAUCGAAAUUGAGGUAGACGAGAACAAUAAACUUGCCUUCCAUUUACUUUCUCUUAUAACUAUUGAAAAAUAUUCGAAAUUGCAUUUAUCCCAUCCAUUUGUACAUAUUCUCAAAUAUACUGUCAGUUGUAACUCUAUAUAUAUCUUGUGAGGGCAUGGUAGAAAUCUUUUUCCUUGUCUCCCAAUUUUUAGUCCUUAUCUUACACCUCUACAAGUGUUUGUAUUAAUGUCGCAUAUAUGAUGAGAAGUCAAAUUAAUUCACCCCAAACACUCCCUGAACCUAUACAAUACACAUCAAACAACUACAUGAAUCCAUGGAUUUAAAAAAUCUAUUUGGUCUCUGGAAUCUAGCAACCAGAAGAUCAUUGACCAUCCUUAGAAUUGGAAAUUUCGUGCACUAGAAGAUACGUGCUUGUCGAGAUUUCAAGACCAUAACAUGUGUGUAAAGAUGAAGUUGCAAGGCAAUAAUAAGUAAUUAAGCUAGAGUGCUAGACAACAAUUUAGGUUCCAAGUUCAGCAUCCACCCAACUUCCCAACUAACCAGCUACUUUUUUCUUGCAUUAUUUUCGAGCGUCUUCCCAAGAACUAACCACGUGAGCAAUUGGACCAUUCAACGCCAUUGCUUACCUCAUUCAUGGGAGAGGGGCAUAGAAUACAAAUCUGGGUUCUACUACUAAUUAUCAGCUAAUUGGUCAAAUGUAGUCCAAUAAAAAUUUGGUUUAGUGAUAAUACAAUUAAUUUUGAAUUUGAAGAUUCAAAAUUCAAAUCGCUUAAAUGACACCGAAUUAAUAACAAAAGUCCAAACUUAUACUAUCCUUAUAAAAAAAUACUCUGCUUAAAUAUAAUUACACCUAAUUAAUAACAAAAGUCCAAACUUAUACUAUCCUUAUAAAAAAAAAUACUCUCCUUACUCAACGAGGGAGGAACAAAAAAGGUGAAGUUUCCAAGUGUGAAGAGAAGGUUGCCGAAAACUCCUUCUCGUGUGAUCAAACUAUUCAAAGUUUCUUGCCGCAGGUUUCUAGAAACAAAAUAAUAUAUGAUGUUUGAGUGUUAUAUUUUGGUUAAAUAGAUAUGUUUAAGAGGUUUGCUGGUGAAAGGUAUGUGCCAGUGAAUUGGAACCAAAUCUGGAAACUUCAGAUACCCCCAAAGGUUAGAGUGUUCGCUUGGAAGUGGAUUAACAACAUUCUACCUACUGGAGGUAACCUUGUGGAUCGCACUAAGAGAGGAAACGAAGAGUGUCCGUUCUGUGGGCUUAAGGAAACGCAGGUACAUCUAUUCAGGGACUGUGGGUGGGUUCGGAGAGUUUGGCAACCAACAUUGAUCAGAAGAAUGCUAAAUGAAGAAGAAGAACUAACCUGUGAAGAGUGGAUUUGUGCCUUGCAAGAGAUGGAGUCGGCGGACGAAAUUGGAAACUUCCUAGUAGCUCUAUGGUUCAUCUGGGCGGAAAGGAAUUGCCAUCUGUGGAAUAACAAGAAAAAAGAGGAAUGGGAGAUUAUCGAUCGGGCCAUGCAGUGGUUAGAAGAGUACAAAAGGCACCAAUUGAUACCUGCUGGAGGCGAACGAAAGAAAUCGACGCAGUGGAAGUCGCCGCCGGCGGGGAGCUUCAAGAUUAAUGUGGAUGCCGCCAUUUUUGAAGGAAAUGGAUCUGGUUUCGGGGUGGUGAUACGAGACGCGAACGGCGAGUGCUGUCUAGCAGGGGUGAAGCGCACGAGACGACAAUGGCUCCCCGAAUUUGCAGAAGCGGCAGCGAUCUCCUUUGGCUUGGAAGUGGCGAAGAGGUACAAUUUUUUACCUGGAUUGGUUGAAACUGAUUGCUUGGUGGUGGUUCAGAGAAUACAGAAUGAGGAUGAGGAUGAAACGGAAAUGGCAGAAGUGUGUAAGGAAUUGCGGGUCCAGCUCCUUGAGGCUGGCGGGCUGAACAUCACUUUUGUGGGCCGAGAAGCAAAUAGAGCAGCCCACCUGAUGGCUCACACACUAUGUAAUUGGGAGGAAGAGGAGCUUUGGACCUCUAGCCCACCUGUUUUCCUUUCCCCUAUUCUUAUUUCAGACUGUAAUCCUUCAACCAUGAAUCAGUAAUAAAAAUCCAGGUCUUCUUACUCAAAAAAAAAAAAAAAAGAGGUUUGCUGGUUUGAUGUUAAAAGGUUGGAUGGAUCGUACAAUCAACUCGCAUUUGCGAUUUUUAGUGGGUCACUUUUUUUAGAAUUCACAUCUACUUAUUGUCGAUAAGUAUUGGGGAAAUUUAUGAUUUAUAAUAAAUAGUAAGAAAUCGAUAUUAAUUGAAAGGCGUAUUUUAGGGUGAAAUGAAAGAGUUAUUGUAAGAAUUUUAAAAUUAAACAUGCUCAUUUUGAAACUUUACAAUGAUAAGUGGCCUUAUAAGACCCUAAUAUCAAAACCGUGAAAGCUAAUAAUAUUUUGUUAAAAAAAAUAUGGAUGUUACAAAACACAAGUGAUAUCAUAUCAUAUCGAUUUCUACUCAGCCCUAUCUUUAUCGUAAUCCGGAUGUGUUUAGUUCGCAAACUAAGUAAACCUAUAUAGGCUACUUAGACCUAAAGUCAUAUGGCAUGUGUGACCAGUUAAAGCCUACGUGGACAUCCAGGUAUUUGUAGUUCUCGACGAGAAACACAAUUGGUUGAAGUAAUUUUGAAUAAUGAUUUUUUUAAAGUAAUUUGAGUGACAAACUUGCAAUUUAGCCCACAAGUAAACAUGUACCAAUUUUACAUAUUUCAACAUUUGAGAUUGUAUGCCUCUUAUCCAAUUUAUGAUAGCAUAAAGUGUUUGUGAUGGUAAUUAUUGAGUGUAAUUAAAAAUCACACACACAAUUUCCAACUGCAUUCACACUUGUCCAGAUACACCCAACUCCAUGGUUUACGAAACUAUACCGAAAAAGUCAACGAUAGAACAUCGUGAUUUAAUCGUAAUUUAACCAUUAGUACCUUAAUUACCAUCUACACUUUAACCUCCAAUAUGAGUAUUUUGUAGUUGAAGUGUCUGUACAAUACAAUUUCAUGAAUCUCGCCAAAUUCUAUAUUAAAAAAAAUGUUUGUCGAUUUCUUAUCAUAGAUUUAUUUAUUUUUGUAAUAAUAGUAUGGUAGGGUUAAUGAUAUUCCGCACCAUGUUUGCGACCACGCAAAUCCAGGGGAACAUUUCCCACAGCUGGAUGGCACCCAAACAAACAAUUACCAAACGCUGUGCUAAAUGCUGUGUUCUCCAAUCUCCAUAACAAAACAAAAUUUAAAUAAUUAG